CAUAAGCAACAUACUUUCGAAAUGGACUACUCUACCAUCUUCACAUCUUCUAUAAAAAAACCCUAUAGCCUCAGUAUAUACAUACGCAGUCUAUCAAGAACACAACAAAAAGGCAUUAAGCAUGGUGGGAAUUACUAGUCUCAGAUCUUUCAUUUUGCUCUCCAUGUGUUUUAGCUUCAUUUUCCUUUCAAAUCAAGCAGGUCCGAUAACGUUUGUAAGCUCCUGCGAUGAACCAGAAGCAGCGCCCGCCCUCAGUCCAGGAGGAGUCACCCAGCCAAAUGAACCAGAAGCAGGGCCAGCCCCUAAUCCAGAAGCAUGUGACAAUCCAGAAGGAUGUAACGAACCAGAAACAGGGCCGCCGCCCCCACCUCCGCCAUGUGAAUGGGAUGAGACAUGUGGAGAUCCAUGGCCGGAGGUGAGACUAGAAGGAGAUGGAUGUGACCUCAUUGUGGAAAGCGGUGUCUGUGACAAUUGGGGAUGUGGAUAUUUUACAUGCGAAGAUAACUGCCCAGUUUAUGGGACUCGUGAGCAGGGUUGUGUCUGGGAUGAGUGGCUUAAGAAGCCUCGCUGCAUCUGUCGCUGAUCACGUUAACUUCCGACUCUACCACCGUUACUUGUCAAUGACUGAUAGAAUCUGUGUACUGUUAUUAAUUUUAAAUUCUCCUGAGAAUAAAUUCAUCCCGAUCAUAAAUAAAUUGAAAAAACAAAUGGUAGUAAAACUUGCUUGA